GCAGCAGGCAGGGGCAAGCAAGCAAUUUGUUGCCAAAGAAGACACGCACUGCACUGCACCGCAACAGCGCCGCGGCACAGUAGCAGUAGCGCACCCAUCGCCCACCACUCCGCGUCUCCGGUCUCCGCCCCCCAUUCCAUUCCCCAAUCCAUCCUCGCCGCCCGCCCUUUCCUCGACGCCGGCCGCCCCGAUCCGAUCCCCGGCGCGUACACGCACGGCACGGAAUCUUCUAUUGGAUAAUGUGGUGUGACGCUCAAACCUCUGCUCUCUAUCCUCUACUUUGACUACAUCUGAUCCAAUUAGAGUACUGGACCACCUCUUUUCGGCCAAUGGGGAUUGUCAAGAUAGCAAGUCGUGAGCCUGCAGCGGAGAGUGGUUACAGUUGUGGAGUUGAGGAAUUCACACGAGAGGACAAAAUUCUUCUUCAGAGCUUUCCUGAUCCUGAAUCUCUUGGCUCUGAGCAGGCAGAGCUGGACUGUGAGCUUGCAGUGUCCAGAGGUCAGAUGUGCAAUAUCCCCUAUGGGCUUUAUGAUCUGCAUGACUUGACAGAGGUUCUUUCUUUGGAUACAUGGAAUUCGUGCCUGACGGAAGAUGAUAGACUCCAUCUAGCAGCCUACCUCCCUGACAUGGAGCAACAAGACUUCGCCACAACCAUGAAAGAGCUGUUCAGUGGCGAUGCUAUGUUCUUUGGAAGUCCACUUAGAAGCUUUUUCCUUGGAUUGAACGGUGGCCUUUAUUCUCCACAAGUUUCUCAGGCAAGGGAGUUACUGAUGAUGCUUCAAAGACGGAGACAUUACCAUUUCCUCAGGUGGUACCACGAUGGUAUGGUUGGUAAGUUUGCAUCCAUGAGCAAUCUGUUGAGGAGUUCUGAUACGAGUGCUAGUCUUGGAGAGAAGGUUCCCAUCUCGCGCAACCGGGUAUAUGAGAAGCGUUUCCCAUGUCUUAGUCUUAGCAGUACCACUCCACCAGUUACUAUCAAGGAUGAAAUUGCCACUGUUUCAUCACCAAUGAAACGAGCCAAACUCACGGAUGGGCCAUUAAGCACUCAUUGUUCAACCAGACAUCAUGAAACAGCCCAUGUAGCCAAAUCAGCAGAAAUGAACUCAUUGGAAAGUCAGAACUUCCAUCCUAUCAAUGAUCCCAGGCAAAAUUGUAGUAAACUACCCAGAGGUGUACUGAAAAUAAGGACUGGUUGUGCUUCUGUUAUUGGUGACAGUGAAGGGACACGUCAUAGACCUGGAUUGGUUCGAGCUGAUCAGCCAAGAACACAGAGCUCCAGAUUUUGCACUCCGCCUCUUGUUUCUGCACACGAUGUUUAUGGUUUUUCUGAGAAUUCAUCUUCUCACAUCAACAGAAUCAAUGGCACGUCUGCUAGUUCACAACAUACUCCCUUACAAUGGGAUGGUACACUAGAACCUUAUGCACUGAUGGACAAAAUCCCACUAGGAGUCCCAAUGACAGUUCCAGAGGAGCACAGUGCAGUUUACCCUUCCAUGAUGCUGAGAGGUUUCUAUGAACCAGCAGCUAACCAUAGCUUAGCAUAUCCCAGUGAAGCAUAUGACACCAGAGAAUGUGCCCACAUGAAAGACCUUCUGAAGAACUUCGGUGGUCAAAACAUCGUAGUCCAUCAAAGUUCUCCUGAUCCAUUUGCAAGAGUCAGUGACAGUCAUCAAAUGAAUGGAUACUCCACAAUGCACAGUUUAAGAAAUGCUGAAAGUGUCUCAGAGAUGUUGAGCCUUGGCACAAGGAUAUACCCACCUCAUAACAAUGUCUCAGAGCAGCGGGAAACCACGUGCAUGUACCAUGAUGGCACGAAGCUGGAGCGACCUCCUGCCAGGGCUGUUGCUGAAGCUGAAGAAUCUCGUCAAUUCGCUUACACCUACGCAAGGAGGAAGCCACCCAAGAGACCAACUAUGGUGGAAGAUCCAGUGCCACCAAGUGUGCUAGACAGCAUGGCCAACAUGAAAGCAAAUGCAAUCAAACUCUGAACUGAAGCUUGGCGGUUGCAGACAUUGAGAACUGAACAUAAUUGGGGUUGGGGACAGAAUUUAGCAUCCAUCUAACAUAGUAAAUAAGUAUGAACUUUUUUACCUUCCUACUGUAAUAUCGAUAGACCAAACCCUCCAGUAGAUUAUAUGUCUGUUGCCAUUGUCAAACGGGAUAAGUAGCUUACACAUUUAUAGCUCAAAUGUUGAAGCAUGUAGAUCAGUUAUAUCUUGCUCCUAUUUUCAGGAGGAUUUUUUGCCCUGCUAUUAUAGAUAUCCAGGAUUAUUGUU